CGCGAAGCAGUCCCUCACUUGCUCCGCCCACGGCCCUCGCCCUCGCCCUCGCCCACCAACGACAUUCUUCUGCUCGCAACCGCAUUCCUCCAUCACGACCCCUCCCACAUUCCAGCGAGCGUCGUGGUUGCCAUUGCGGCGCUGCGAUGCCUCACUGCCGAUAACCUGCUCAUCCUCCCGCCAGCGCACUGCCGCUUCCUAUGACCCGCCUACCACCAACUCGACCUGCGGCGACUCGUGCGACCAGCUCGCGUGCCCGGCGCAAAACAGAUGGAAGCGAACGAUGAGCGUUCUUGUCGGGUCGUCUACUACUGCCCAGGCAGCGCACACCAUGUCUGCGAGCUCUACACUGCAGCGCAGCCUCCGGCGCUGACACCCGGCGAGCGCGCAUUGCGCGACCCGCUCGCGCACGUCUAUCAAAAUGUGCGCAAGCUCCUCGACGAGGAUGUAGGCAAUUUUGAAUCAGUCUUUGUGAGCUCUGACCCCGAGCAAUGUUUGCAACGACUCGAAACUUUCGCCCACACAAAUCCCACCGCAGUCUUGGUUGAGUUCGCCGACACGAGCGCCCACAGUCGCACGUCGGACCCCAUCUCUUUCCUGCGGAAUCUGGCCCCCGAUGUUUCUUCCCAGCGCUUCGGCCGUCAGGUCAUGUUGUUUGUACUGUGGGCAGCAGAUUCUUCCUCCGACUUCACUCGCUUCUCGGACGACUCUUUCGAGAGCAUGUACCUGGACGCUGGCGCGCUGGAUACGAUGCGCAGUCCUUUGUGCGCGGACGCCGUUCAUCGACUCGUUGGCCAUGUUAAGGAGGUGACCCGAGCGCCAGCUGACUCCCUCGCUUCCGACAUGGCCCGCAAGCUGGUAACGCGCAUCGGUAAUGCCACAAGACCGCAGCUCGCCUCACAUCGCCCUGACGAGAUUCUAUCGGCUCAGCGUAGGAAGGCGGUCGAGGACGCCGUAGGCCAAUGGCACUUUCCCGCUCAUGAGUUUGACAUGGACGAAUUAGCUUACGCAGCGAUGAUCAUGCUCGAAACAGUCCUACAGGACGCCGGUCUGGAGCCCUACCGCUUGCCGCGAGCACAACUCAUGACUUUUAUCCUCGCAGCGCGACGCGAGUACAAGCAUGAGCGCGAAGUGCACUAUCACAACUGGAGGCACGCCGUCGAUGUGACACAAUCGCUGUUCGUCUUCCUGUGCGAUGUGCGCUUGUGUUCAGCACCUGUGCGAGACGCAUCUCAAAGAAGAGAGCAAGCGCAGCCUAACGCGGUGGAAGCACUCCUCACGCCAACUGAAGCUCUGAUUCUCCUUGUGUCAGCGGUCGGACACGAUGUGGGACAUCCAGGCGUGAACAAUGCAUUUUUGGUGGCCAGUAAACACCAAUUGGCGCAUUUGUACAACGACAAAUCUGUACUCGAAAACUACCACUGUGCCGCGUACUCGCAGUUGCUGAGGAGGCAUUGGCCGCAGCUGAACGGCAUCGCGCAGUUUCGAAGCAACAUGAUCUCCACCAUUCUGGCCACCGACAUGCAACGACAUUUCGAAUACAUGGGCUAUCUGACUGAUCUGAGGCAGAAGUUGGAGAAGAGCGAUUCGGGGCUGACGGACUGGGGCGACAAGGACAAAACUCACACCAAAGAGCUGGUCAUGGCUUUACUGUUGAAAGCAGCAGACAUUUCCAAUGUCGCCCGUCCCUUUGAUAUCUCCGCUCAGUGGGCCAAAAUUCUCAUGCAUGAAUUUGCGCGACAGGGAGAACUGGAGUUGGAGCUCGAGAUUCCUACCUGCUUGUUUGGCGGCCCUCCAGAUGAGAAUGACCUCCUCGCCGCGGCGCAAAGUCAAAAAGGCUUCAUGAACCUAUUCGGGUUUCCCCUGUUCAAGGGCAUAUCCGAAGUAAUGCCCAACAUUUCAUGCACACUGUCGGAAUUGCAACACAACAAGGAAGUCUGGGAGCGGCGGAUCGUUGACGAGACUGCUCGUCGCGAAGCCAACGGCACCACACGGAGAGCUUCCAAGACAUAUGGCUCCGUGACGGACUCACAGGUGGAGGAGGCACGCCUGCGCAAAAGGGAGUCCGAACCUGCUGCUGUCCCAACCACAAUCCCUCAAACUCCAACGAGUCCUGUCCGACGCCAACCAGGCCUGGAAGCUGGCCCACCAGUCUCGCCUGCACGCCAUCCGGCAAGCGAACAACGCCAAAAUCUGUCUCUGGGACCGUCUAUGGCGGAAGAGAAACGGGCUUCGACACCGGUCCUGUGGCCCAGCGCAAUACAGCUAUCGCCUACAAGUGGGGGUAGCAGGCGAUCGAGCAAAGACGUGGCACUGAACCAUAUGCAUGAGCUGAGCGCUUAUGCGCAGCACAAUAUAGCUGCUGCAGGCUCACGCCGAGGCUCGGCCGACGCUGGUUGGCAGUUGCAUCAAAACUACCCAGGUUCGCGACGGGGCAGCAAAGAAGAAAGUCUGACGACUAUUCUGGUUACCAGCCAGGGCAGUCCAGCGACUAGAGGGUCGCCGUCGUCGUCCCAAACCAGGAUUAGUAAGGCUGGUUCGCCAGCGAAGCGUGGGAGCGUUAAACAGAAUGCGGCGCAAGGCUCCGGUGGGACGCGGCACUCGAUACCUUCGUCCCGAUCGCAGACUACGACGUCGGUAGCAGCUACGACAGAUCCACAGUCGCCUUCCACACAGCCCUCGUCACUUGCUCCCACGGAAGACGACAUGAUGCAGCCGGGAACACAGCACGGCACAUUUCUUGCAAGCUCAGCAGCGACAGACGGGUCUUCGGCUGCGCACGAAACUGGUUUGCCGGAUAGCCUGGACGGCGCACACCAUUCUUCGGCGCCUGCCGCACUGCCUGAUACUCCUCCAAGCGAAACAGUGCUGGGGUCGAGUAAGUCAGGCUCGCCCAUCGUGUCGAGGGUGGCCAGUGGUGAUUCGGCGCUCUCGCGGCUGGAUCCGCGCAAGUCAGACCAGCUUCGCGAGUCUCGUAGUCGAAGUCGACUGCGGGGACUGAAGUUCUGGAAGAGGCGGCGUGAUCCUCCUGGAAAUGAAAACCAUGCGUCUGCCGAGAAUUCUUCCUGAUGACAGAAACGCCAUACUUGGCAGGCAGAUCCAAUGCGGGCGUUGCUGAUACAGGUGGCUUUUGUGAGCGUUGUGUUCUACAUACAAUGACAGCGGGAGACGGUGUUCGGGUAGCGCAGGCGCACUAUGUCGGUCUGAUUUUGGUGUUGAAGAAGCGAUGCUCGUGUUUCGGAGCGAGGGACAUAUUUACGACUGAGGAUGGAAAGGGAUGAAUGGCGCCGGACUGGGUUGAGACGGGCUAGCUGCAAGUCACUGUGUACAAUGGACGAAGGUGCAGAAGGAUAGUCGCUCUGUAGAUAUCCAUCGUUGGCAGUAUCGUAGAAACGAUUCAUGCAGUCCACAGAGGCAUCUUGAACGAC